AAUUGACAUUAAGCUGGGAAUGACUGGUUGUCAAACACUUCAUGCAAAGUUAAUUUUAAUCCUAACUGUUCAAGGAAAUUCUGUUAGGAAUCUAUACUAUCGUGACAGAAUACAAUCAGAUGUGAAAGUACAUACUUAAUGGGCGGAAGGGAUGCUGGCUGUAUAUAAAGGUAAAACUCGACAUAUUGGUUAACAGAAAGAAGUGCAAGCUGAGCUGCUGGUAAAAGAUCGCUUGUAGUAUUGAGUAGAAGAGGAACUGUUUUAUUCUUACCACUGAGCGACAAUGUACCGCCCUCUUGUGUUAUCAGCCUUGUGCUUCAUUGGUUUGACAGCAGGUGUUAUUAAAGGUGACGUUGAUUGCAGUUCGAAAAUAAGACCAACUGAGACACGCCCUUGUCCCGCUGGACUAAGGGAUGAUGGAAUCAGUUGUUGGAAGGACUCGUACGGGCGUGGUGUAGGCCGGGUACCAGACAAAUCUCCUUGUGACGACGGACAACGUGAUGAUGGUACCAGCUGUUGGAUCGACUCUUACGGCAGAGGUGUUGGUCGCACAGCUGACAAAGCCCCUUGUCCGUCGGGACUCCGAGAUGAUGGAACAAGCUGUUGGAAUGACGCCCAUAUUUAUGGUAAGGGAUGUUGCUGUACUCUUUGGGGAUGUUGCGACAAAUGUCCAGUCGGAUACCAUGAUGACGGUUGUACGUGUAGAAAGACCAAUGUCGGUAUAGUCAGGACGCUGUUUCAGAGACUAAGUUGCAAUAGCACCGAAGACAAGUAUGGUUCUCGUUGUUACCCGAAAUGUGCCCCUGGAUACAGCCCUGUAGGGUGCUGUAUUUGUGAACCCGAUGGUGGUCCCGGAAUAGUUCAGACCCUAGCAAAACGACAAAGCUGUCAUGAAAAUGAGACUAUGCACGGUGGUCUUUGUUAUCCUAAAUGCAAGGGUGGUUACCGGUCUAUGGGAUGCUGCGUCUGUGAACCAGAAGAAGGACCGGGUAUCAAACUUACUCACCCUGCACGCCAACAUUGCACUGGAAAUGCUAUGAAGUUCAAUGGUGUAUGUGUAGACAUCGAGGAAUGCUCUGCAUCAGAUCUGGCGCGUGAGUUGCAGAAGAAAACGAAAAUGACGUCAUCACAAAUAGAACAAUUCAAAAAGAAGGUAGCUGCGGAAAAAGUGGGAAAAUAAUUGUACCAAUAUUUAUUGGAAAUGAAACCACAUACAUUCUUAAAGAAAUUAUAGCUUCAAAACAUUAAAUAGCAAUGUAUAAUAUACAUGUGCACAAUGUUAAAAUUAAUUGCAUUUGUAUGUAUUUGUUGGUUUAAUAAAACAAAUAUGCUGCUUGACAUGACUUUCAACUUUGGUCACCAAACUCAAGUUGUAGCCCAGCAACUGGUCUUUUUAAAGUGUAUAUAAAUGGAUUCACUAAAUAAAACGUAUAUAGACUA